UGCAUAUGUGGUUUUUGUAGAGGCCUUCACUCAGUAUUUGUUGAUAGACUGAUAAAAAAAAAAAAGAUGGCCCUUGUGAUGGGGAGAGCAUUGUUUGCUCGGCCAUGUUCUUCAUCCUCUCUGUGCUUCGCAUCUAAGAGCAUGUACAAAUCGUCAUUAGGCUUAAGGGAUACGUUUUGGAAUUCUAAAAUAGGAAGAACUCGAUGUUUUACACGAACUGUGGUUCAUGCCCAACAGCGACCCACUUGGCUACCCGGGCUCGACCCUCCACCAUAUCUUGAUGGAACUUUGGCUGGAGAUUAUGGGUUUGACCCACUUGGACUUGGAGAGGAUCCAGAAAGCUUGAAAUGGUUUGUGCAGGCAGAGCUGGUUCAUGCUCGUUUUGCCAUGCUUGGCGUUGCUGGAAUUCUUUUCACAGAUCUACUACGCGUAACAGGGAUUAGCAAAUUGCCCGUUUGGUACGAAGCAGGUGCAGUGAAGUACGAAUUUGCAAGCACAAGAACUUUGCUCGUUGUUCAACUACUCUUGAUGGGAUAUGCUGAGACAAGAAGGUACAUGGAUUAUGUUAGCCCUGGAUCUCAGGCCAAAGAGGGAUCUUUUUUCGGAAUGGAAGCUGCACUAGAAGGCUUGGAACCUGGCUACCCUGGAGGUCCUCUAUUUAACCCUCUUGGCCUGGCUAAAGACAUAAAAUAUGCUCAUGACUGGAAGCUGAAAGAGAUAAAAAAUGGAAGGCUUGCAAUGGUAGCAAUGCUGGGCAUUUUUGUGCAAGCUGCUGUGACUCAUGCGGGUCCUAUUGAUAAUCUUGUGGAGCACCUCUCUAAUCCAUGGCGCAAAACUAUCAUUCAAACCCUAUCUAAUUCUUCUUCCUAGAUAUGAAAUGGAACACUAUUGUAGUUAUCCAUCAUAACAUGGUGAAAUCAAAUGUAAAUGAAGUCAUAAAAUCA